GAGAGGCUCAAGCACCAGCCUCCUUCAACCCUCCCAUUCGGACUCUGAACCGGCCACGCCUUCUGGGCCAGUCCCAGUAGACGCCAAGGCCUGUCCAUGGCGGGAUGCCUGGAGAUGGAGGCGACCAACGGUUCGGAGGGUGGCUUGGAGUUCAACCCUAUGAAGGACUACAUGAUCCUGAGUGAUGCCCAGCGGGUGGCUGUGGCUGUGCUGUGUACCCUGGUGGGUCUGCUGAGCGCCCUGGAGAACGUGGCCGUGCUCUAUCUCAUCCUGGCCUCCCAGCGGCUCCGCAGGAAGCCCUCGUACCUGUUCAUUGGCAGCUUGGCUGCGGCUGACUUCCUGGCCAGUGUGAUCUUUGCCUGCAACUUUGUCAUUUUCCAUGUCUUCCACAGUGUUGAUUCCAAGGCUGUCUUCCUGCUGAAGAUUGGCAGCGUGACCAUGACCUUCACGGCCUCCGUGGGCAGCCUGCUGCUGACAGCCAUUGACCGAUACCUGUGUCUGUGCUACCCACCUACAUACAAAGCCCUGGUCACCCGUGGGAGGGCACUGGUGGCCCUCUGUGUCAUGUGGGCCCUCUCGGCACUGAUCUCCUACCUGCCGCUCAUGGGAUGGACUUGCUGUCCUAGUCCCUGCUCUGAGCUGUUCCCACUUAUCCCCAAUGACUACCUGCUGGGUUGGCUCCUGUUCAUUGCCAUCCUCUUCUCUGGCAUCAUCUACACCUAUGGGUAUGUCCUCUGGAAAGCCCACCAGCAUGUAGCCAGCUUGGCUGAGCACCAGGACAGGCAGGUGCCUGGGGUAGCUCGGAUGCGGCUUGAUGUGAGGUUGGCCAAGACCCUGGGGCUGGUACUGGCUGUUCUUCUCAUAUGCUGGUUCCCUGCACUGGCUCUCAUGGGCCACAGCCUGGUCGCCACGCUCAGUGACCAGGUCAAGGAGGCCUUCGCCUUCUGUUCCAUGCUGUGCCUUGUUAACUCGAUGGUUAAUCCUAUCAUUUAUGCCCUGCGGAGUGGAGAGAUCCGCUCUGCUGCCCAGCAUUGCCUGGCAAGCUGGAAAAAAUAUCUACAGGGCCUCGGGCCUGAGGGGAAAGUAGAAGCCCCAAGGUCCUCAGUUACAGAGACAGAGGCUGAUGUGAAAACCACGGCGGAUCCAGGGGCUGGAACUCCAGGCUGCUCCAAUUGCUGAGGGCACUUGUUUUCCUAUUGGAAACAGCCUGAGUCAGAAACCAGUUCACUCUCCUGAGGAGAGAGGGGUCCCAGACCCAGAAUCUUUCUGAAGUCAGCUCUAGGGUACCUCUUUUUUGCCAAGAAGUGCUCGGUUUCGUGGCUGGAGGGUAGCCUGGUCAUGUCUAUGGAGAGUGAGGCCUGUAAGAACAGCAGGGUUUGUUCACAGCAGAUCAGGAAACCCUCCUGACUCCAAAGACCAAGAAGCCAGAGGAGCCUCCAGGGAUGGUAAUAAGGAACUCAGAGGAGACCUGAGAAGACAGGGGACCUGUUCUCCUGUGACCUCAGGGGACCCUGGACAGCGUAGCCACUGCCCACAACUUCCUCAAUGUCCAUGUCUUCCAUGCUGUGGAUUCCAAGCUGUUCUCCUGCUGAAGAUCGAUAGUGAGACCAGCUGGUUCUGGUUCCUGCUUCAUUGUCUGGGAUUCUGUGUCUGUAGAACAUGUGAGGCUCCACCCUGAGGCUGCCCUUAUCUCUUAAGGAUCAAGAAUUAUGAUGUGCUGGGGAUCAAGGAUGUUGCCACACCUCUUUCAGACAGAGUCACGAGCCAUCAGCUCAGGGUAUCUUGUUGGACAAGGGCCCUCCUGACAUCCUGAUAAGACUUGAAGUCAUUAGGGCGUUAGGUCCCUGGGGACCCAGAGGAGGCAAGGUUCUCUGGAGGUGAAGAGUCUUCAGAGAACUGUGCUGACCUGUGAGAUUCUGCAGUGCCUGGCCCUGCUCCAGUAAAAAGCAAGAUAUUCACAAAGACCCUCUGGGUGCUAGACUGUUCCCAGGGAUGCUCAGCUCAGUCCCCUUGCUCUUCCACACUCUGGUCCUGCAGCAGAAGCAGCAGGAGUUGGGGAGGGAAGACUUCCAGCUGUGGACCAGGCACAGGCUGACAUCCUAUGUCCACAGCCCCCGGCUGAGUGCCAGGGUACCUGAAUUUUACCUUCACUAAGGCUGCAUUCACAACAGAGGUGGGUUCAAGAGACUGCUGGUGGCAGAAGGGGACCACAGACACAGUGAAGGGAAAGCUAUCUGCUAAACAUGUCAUUUAGCACUCACCAAACAACGUGCUCCCUGUCCACUUACUCUUUCACCUGUACCAUAAAUGUGUGUGUGCCGGGCUUUGUGCUGGGUCCUGGAUAUCCAACCAUAAAGGAGACAGACCCUGUGUGGGGCUUGCAGUCCACAUUCUGAUAAGAGUUAGUAACAGCCAGGCAUGGUGGCGCACACCUGUAAUCCCAGCCCUCAGGGAGGCAGAGGCAGGUGGACCACUGUGAGUUCAAGGCCAGCCUGGUCUACAGAGUGAGUUCCAGGACAGCCAAGGCUACACAGAAAAACCCUCUCUCAAAACAAAACAAAACAAAACAAAACAAAACAAAACGAGUUAGAAAAGCUGAGCCUGGUGACACAGACCUGUUAAUUCCAGCUUCUUAAAAGGCCGAGGCAAGAAGAGCCUAAAUUCAGAGCCCGCCUGAGCUACACCUGGAGUUCAAGUUCAACUGAGGCAAUUUAGUGGGACCCAGUGUCAAAAUAAAAAACAAAAAGCUGGA